AUGGCUACGAAUCUCUUAUUCCAAAUGAUUACGUGCUUCAUCCUUGCAGCAGCCUUUCUGCGACUGGUGGAAGCAGCUUCCAGCCAGUCGAGUGUUCCGCAGAUUGAGAUCAAAGUGGGUGCUCAUAACACUGGACGCAUGAACUCGCUGACCAUCAAACAGGGCUCGAAGUUCUUCUAUUCUAACAACGGAAGUCAAUUUUACAUCCGAGGAAUAGCCUACCAGGAGGAUUAUGAUGCUCGAGGGACGGACACAAUCGGGUUUUCCGAUUCCACCAAGUACCUCGACCCUCUGGUCAGCCCCUCUCACUGUGCCCGUGAUAUUCCCUAUCUCGUCCAGUUGCGCACCAAUGUCAUCCGCACUUACGCCAUCGAUCCGAUGCUGAACCACGACGAAUGUAUGAAGAUGUUGGCCGAUGCCGGAAUUUAUGUCAUCACCGAUCUGGCAUCUCCCGAUGUUUCCAUAACUGCCGACUCCCCUUCAUGGACAGUGGAGCAAUACGAUCGGUAUACCUCCGUUAUUGACGCGUUACACCAAUAUGACAAUGUGAUCGGCUUUUUUGCUGGGAACGAGGUCGUCAACCAUGCCAAUCAGUCUGCGGGUGCGGCCUUCGUCAAAGCUGCGGCGAGAGACAUGAAGGCAUACAUUAAGGAUAGGGGGUAUAGGACAUCACUGGCAAUUGGAUAUGCGACCACCGACCACAAGGACUACCGCCUAUCGCUUUCUGACUAUCUCAACUGCGGAGAUCGACCGAGCUCCGUGGAUUUCUUCGGUUACAACAUCUACGAGUUCUGUGGAGACAGCAGUUUUAAGACAUCCGGUUACGAGGACCGAACAGAAGAAUACAGAAACUACUCAAUUCCAGUCUUGUUCUCUGAAUAUGGGUGCAACACUGUCAAGCCUCGCAAGUUCAAAGACGUGCCUGUGCUUUUCGGUUCCGAUAUGAACAGUGUCUGGAGCGGUGGUAUACUCUACAUGUACUUCGAGACUCCUAACGAUUACGGACUCGUCUCCGCUGGAGACCACCUCUCCAUCAGCGCCCAGUCAGACUACAGCUAUUAUUCUAAGGCAAUUGAAAGUGCCAGUCCGACUGGUAUUAACAGCGGCAGCUACUCCCCCACCAACUCCCCUCAUGCGUGUCCCACUGUCGACAAUAUCUGGCGGGCAAAUUCCAGCUCUCUUCCUCCUUCACCAAACAAGGAACUAUGUUCCUGCAUGGUGGAGACUCUGGGAUGUGUCGUUAAGAGCAACGUGGGCCCGCAUGAAUUCGGGAAGCUAUUUGAGCAGGUCUGUGGGAGUUCGAAGGGCGCCUGCGAUGGCAUCUCUGAUAACGCGACUUCCGGAGAGUAUGGUGCAUACAGUGUCUGCUCCAGUCGCGAUCAACUGUCCUUUGUCUUCGAUCGCUAUUUCCAUGCCCAUAACGCCCCCGCUUGCGAUUUCAAUGGUGCGGCCACGACCAAAGCGGCCAAGAUUGCCACGGGGAACUGUAAGAAGUUGAUUGAACAGGCCGGUACAUCAGGAACAGGGACCCUUACCAAUCACCCUACUGCUGCGACCUCCACUUCCAAAGGAGCCGCUGCCAGUUUGGUGAACCCAAAUGCAGUACAGGGUAGCCUCCUUCUCGCAGUCACGCUUUGUGCUGCGGCUAUGAUUGCAGGUAUCAUGAUGAUCUCUCUUUGA